GCCCUGUCCCGCAGCACCUGUCCAGCAGCACAAUAUCCUGCCGCCAGAAUGAUCGUCCCCAUCCGCUGCUUCUCCUGCGGCAAGGUCACCGGCGACCUGUGGGAGCGCUACAUGUACAUGCUGACCCACGAGAACAAAGUCGAGGUCGACGCCCUCGACGAGCUCGGCCUCACGCGCUACUGCUGCCGCCGCAUGAUCCUCACCCACGUCGAUCUGAUCGAGAAGCUGCUCAAGUACAACGCCAGCGAACGCGAGCAGGCACGCGCCGCCCGCCAGGGACGGUAGCCGAUGGGAGGGCGAUGGGAGAGACCAUGCAUUUAGGCGAUGCAUUGGGGCGAUGCAUUUACAGGGCGUUUUGGGGUGCUAUUGGGCAAGGGUCAACAAGAGAAGAGACAAGAGACAAGACGAGAGAAUGAUAUCCAUCGAGUCGCUAUGCGUGUGCAGUGAUUCCGAGAAUGCCGUGAAGAGAUCAGUGAAGAAUACCUACAGAGAAUCCAACGAGAAUCCGACGAGAGUCCAUACCGGGAAUGUCAAGAGAGCAUUUCAUGAGAAAAGCUGGAGAAGCUGGACAAAGACCAAUCUCAGACAAACACAAAGCUGAAGAGAAGGUAAGAAGCUCAAGAAUCAAUCAAAGACGAACAGAUC